AUGUAUCCACCUCCAGACUUUGGAAGGUAUCGCCGGGCCAUUAGGGUGGAGAAGUGGGUGGACUGGGCAAAGUCCCAGAAACUGCCCGCAUUCAUAAACUACCCAGACAAGGCUGCAAGGAUAGAUAUGCUCCUCCAUAAAGUCUACUGGGACUUCGAUAUAACAGAUCUCCCUGACGUCAGGAACCAAGAAUGCUGGAAGCAUAUAACCUCUAUACUCCGGAACCCCGGACCUCACCCCACUGAGAUGAUCUACAUUCACGCGCUCAACGCAGUCGACUGCGAGCUGGCCCGGAUCUUCAACAAUGGCCGCAUGCACGAGACUCUCGUCGAGAUGGCGAGAAACGUGGGCUUUGACGCGUACAAAUGCUGCGACCCGUCGCUCUCGACGGAGCAGAGGAAAAUUGAGCCUCCGAGAGGACCUCGGCAGAUGAACAGUGCGGACGAGCACACGAUUGAAGACCGGGCUGCGAUCACUUCUAGGCGGUUUGAUCUGGACAAACUCAAUUACGCGGCUGUUUCGGAGCUCUUACUUGAGCAGCAGGCCCUCAAGGAGAAGAGGGAGGCUGCUGCUGCUGCUCGUACUGCUCCCAACAGCGCUGUUGGUCGAUACCAGGGUGGCUCGGCGGGAAACGGAGGCGGCUGGCAUCAGCAUGCGAGCCCCGCCUCCUCUGGAUGCCCCAGAAAUGAGCCAAAGGCAUCGAAAAAGACUACCGCGGUGGACGGGAAUGUUCGCUUUCGCUUACAAUCGAACAAGCCAUCUUCAUUGACGAAAGAGUCGACAGUUUCUAGAAGAAUGUCCUCGUCCAGGGGGUCCAGGGGUCCAAUUGCGGAUCUCUUUGACCAAGCGGAACCUUCGAUUCUCAAUGACCCACGUUCAACUCUGGUCAUUGACGGGGUUAUUGUUCAGCAAGGACAAGCCGGUGGCGGCGUUCAACAAGAAAGAGCCAUUGCCACUGCCACUGCGAGGCCUCCGUCGAGAUCAGCAACGAGCACACCGUCCAGAGGGCUGUCCAGUUUUCAUAACCCCUUCACCAAGCCACCUGCUCAACCUCCUGUCAAUCCUCAACCGACUACGGAGCAGCAAGCUCGACGAGAAUCGAGUGGUACGCCGAGAGGCAUUCCACUCCAGCAUCGCACGUUGGCAAGAAGACCGAGUGGAACUCAAGGAUCCGAAAUGUCGACACCGUCGACCCCACCGACACAAGCCUCCUCCAGCAGUGUCCGGCAGCAGAGCAGCUCGGCAGUCAAGACACAGGUUCAAGAGCAGAAACUUGCAGCAAUCCCGCCGGCAGAACACAAGACCGAUAGCCAGACCGCGGUGAUUUCUACCCAAGAAAGCUCGACCCAGGCUCAAAACCUCACAGCUGAGAUAGCGAAGAAGCUUGAGGCAACCAUCAACCAGAGUCUCUUGGAGGCGAUCCGCGGAGUCUACCGCGGCGUUCCGAAGAUCAUGGAGGCAAAGAUACGAGGAUGGCUGGACAGCCCAGAGUGUCGCUCCGUGAGAUUCACUGUUCUUCGAGACGUCGAGAGCGAGACCACCAAGAUUGUCAAAGGGUCUGUCAUGGCUAAGAUGAAGGCCAUGGAGCAAAUCAUCAAGGGCUCCGAAAACCCGCGGCAAGCGGAGUCAGUCCGGGACACCAAGCGCAACGCUGAUGAGAAGGAUGCGGAAGAAGGUGAUCAGACUCAACAGGCCGUGAAGCGACAGCGGGGCGAUGGUGGUGGUAGUGCUUGA